AUGAACCGGUUUCGGACAAAGAAGAAGGUCAAGGAGGACCAGGCCGCUUCGGCAGGUCGUGCCUCCUCCGAUGAGGCGCACUCUUUCAUGGGUUUUCGGAGAAAUAAGAAGGCGCCCGAGGAAGAGAAGAAGCAGAUCGAUAUCAGUGCCGUUUUACCCCCAAGCGACGACUUCCGGACGAGUUUGCUCAUGACUGGCUUGUCUGCACGAUUCUCCAUGCUCCGGGAGCAGGACGAUCCCAGCACAAAAAUUGGCAAGGCACUCGACGACAGCGUCUUGUUUCCAAAGCGCCAAUCAAGACUCAUGGACUUUAGUGGUGGCUUCCACGGCCUGGACGACAUUGCAGAGGUCGAGUCGAUCCGCGCACCACCACCAUUUAUGCGCACAAAUUCGUUUGCUUCCGACAAUGACUCGCUACAGAACGACAGCAUCAUGAAUCGGACACGGCCAACAGAUGGCAACAACCUGUUUGGUGGCCGCCAGAAGAUCUACCGCAUCCCGGCCGGCGGAGCGUCUUCCAAAAAUGUUGCCGAUGGUAGCAUGGGAGGACGGGCACUCUAUGAGAGCGAUGUGGCCCUGUCCGCGUUUCAAAAACUGCGCCAGGAGAAGAAGGAAAAGUUCCUGGACUAUGAAGACGACGCACCGUACAGCACCGGCUCAUCCACGGAAAUCGGUAACUCUCUCCUCUCCGCUGAUGUUUACGACCCAUCCACCUCUUCCUACCAGCACUCCGAGUCUCCGUCUCCAAUAGAAUACAGUCUGCGGCGAGAAACAUCAUCCACUACUUCAUCAGCCGCACGCAACUCCACAGCAGCCACUUCUGUCACGUCACAACCAGGCCUGUCCUCUGCCAAGGAGUGGCAGUCACCACAACUACAGUCGUCCGUACAGUCCACAACCAACACAUCUUCCUCUAGCACGGGUGUGGAGCGCAUGCCCACAUCUCGGAUCCGGCGGUUGUACGAACAAGGCUUGAACCAAGACCUACACGAGCAGCAGUCCUCGGCUCUAUCCCGCAUUGACACUCUUACUGGUAAGCGCCUGCUUCGGACAAAGACGCCCGACCUGUCCGCAACGCCAUCUCCGACGUCAAGCUUCGUCUUCCCCGACCGCGUGGCACCAGCGACAGGUACUGUCAUGUCGACCCUUGAGCGCCUUGAGCGCCGGCAAGUCCUGUCCAAGGCCAGCGCGCCUAACCUGCGGUCACUGAGCCCGCCCAUGUCGGGUUCGUCUGUCGGCUCGGUAGUUCCUCCCGUCAACGAGUCAGCUGGCCCGAAUGUGCUUGUUGGUGUACCGGAGUCGAAGAACACCCUCCCUGGUAGCCCCCCGCUGAGUCCGCCUGUGAGCGACUCUGGUGGCGAGCACACCGUGCUGAAGAUCCAACCCAACGACGUCGGCAAGGCCACCGCCCUGGGCAUGUUCCAGAAGCCAGCUUUGCCAUACGACGAGUCUCGCUUCGCCGAGCGUCAGCUUCAGCUGCAGCAAGGCCGCGAAACACCCACGGAGCGGACCCGUCCUAGCCUGGAUGCUGCGCCGUCGUCGAGCUCUGUGCCAUCCGCUCAUCCUGCAUCGAAGGCACCCUCAGUUACAAGCAACGAAGAUCCCACCAAAGCACGGACGACCUUCCUUUUCGAUGAUGAAGACGACGAGGAUGAGAUUUAUUCUGUUGUCAAGGAUGUACAGUCGAGUGCAUCACGCCCGCAAGUUGUCCUCGAGCGGCCAUCGGACGCAGACCACCCUGCAUUCCGCCAAUCUGCCAUGCCGCCCCCCUUGUCCCCUACUCGGUCCACCGAGAACUUUACGGCCAGUGCCCCUGACAUGCCCCAGAUUCCCGAGUCGUUAACGGAAGCGGCCACAGGCGAGGAAGCCGGCGGUCCUCCCGCCGACUCUCCGACUCUAGGCCCUGGUGGCGGCCUGAGUGGCAUGGUUCUUCAGCACCUGCGCUCGACUAGUAACGCGUCGUCAGUGUACAGCUAUGCGCCCCAGAACAACGAGUACGAUCCGUCUCAGAUGCUCCAAACCAGCAUUACGAGCGGCUCCCUUGACCUGAAGAAUGGUCAGCCCUGGGACGACCAGAACUGGACGGCUUCUGUCUACAGCUCAGUCAGCGGUGUCAAUGGCGCCGCUGACAAGAAGGAUCCGGAGCCCGAACCAGAGUUGCCCGCACUGCCUCAGCAGCCUUUGCCAAAGACCCCGACGCAGCGUCCCCCAAUUCCUGAACCGCCGAAAAAUGUGUUUGCCGACACCGCGUCCAGCGGAGCACCGUCGCUGAGGUCUGUUUCGUCUCGGAGUCGCAUCACGAGCGUCGCCGACUCUAACCGAUCCAGCAAUAACCUGGACGCCGAUCACGAGGACGACGAUUUCGCUAGCCAGUUGGCCAACGCCCGCAAGCGUGUUCAGGAGCGCCUGACGACGUAUGUCGAGUCUGACAGCAGCCGCAACACUUCGCCCCUGUUGGCGCCCACGGAGCUGCCCACACAACCGCCUCCGAUCAAGUCCAACCCGCUCGGCAUCCUGCGCGCCAAGUCCAGCCGUGGAGCGCUCUUGGAACGCUCGCGUGACGUCUCGCAGACCAAGUCGACGCGGAUGUUAGGCCUCGGCGCCUCGACUAUGAGCACUGCUCCUAGCUCGUCGAAGCAGUCCUUUGAGGACAACUCGUCGCCGGCUCCGACACCGCCGAUCUCGUCUGCUUCUGCCACUGUGAAUGAGGCGUUCUCUCUUGAGGCGCUCGAGGAGGAGCGCGACGUGAAGCCCCGCCCGAGCCAGGAAGGCGGAUACUUUGGCCGCAUGCCUACCUCCGCGUCUGCCUCUGCCAACCAAGCGCCUACCAUUACUUCGCCAUCCAAUGUUCCGUCGUCUGCCGCAUCGGUACCGCGUUCGAGCACUGACACGGACGCUAAUGAUGCUGAUGAGGAGACGGAUACAGUUGCAGCUGCGGCCAAUGACGACAACAACAUGCACCCUGGUCUGCGGGCUUUCCGAAACGCCCGUCGCCAACUUCAGAAGCGUAAAGAGCUCGAGACACUGGCCCGGCACCAGGGUGAUGACGCUAGUGGUCCCGAGCCGGGGCCUGCAUCAACCUUGGCCGACAAGCAGUCGCCACCGGGACGUGAGCGGCGUCCGACCGUGUCGUCCGGGCCGACGAGCGCGCCGACGAGCAGUGCGCGUAAGCCGCCUCCAGUGUACUACCAGCAGCGUGAUCCUAGCCAGGAGUCUCGCGGCAGUAGCAGCGGCAACCGCUCGCGGUCUGCCUCGAGAACCUCGGGUCCGACGGAGCGUGACCGCAGUGGUUCAGAGACCAGCAACGGUGGCAGCUACACGCGCCACGCGCCUCCCCGAAUCCGGGCGAACCAGACUGGCCCCGGCUACGACGACUACCAGUACCACCAGCCGAGUCCCAACAGUAACAAAAACCUUGGUCCUCCUGCUCGGCAGGGCGUGCCCAUGCGCUCGCCUGGCCUUCCCGGUACAGACAUCCGCCGAUCCCCACAUAUGCCGCCCCAGACGUAUCCUGGCAGCACCGGAAACGGUCCCUCGUCGAACAACCUUUCCGUCCAGACUGCUAUGGGCGGCCGGUCACCCUCGGGCUUCAAUGCGUCCUCCGGUCAGCCUUCUCCCAUCUCCCCUCUGGGGAGUGCGGGAUUGCCCACCUCGCCUUACUUUCCUGGCAGCGCGAAUGCUUCGGGACCGUCGACGCCCACGUCAAACGGCCCUCGCAUGCAGCAGCGCCCUGGUAUGCCUCAUCAGCACGCGCCACCGCCGUCCGCCGGCCCGGGAUACGGCACAACGAGCAGCUCGCUCAACGAGGCAAUGAAGAAGUCGGUCCGCAAGAACGAGAUCUCCGAACCUACGUUUCUCAUGAGUACCAGCCGUGUCCCGACAGUCAACCUGCAGCAGAGCACAUCUGCCCCUGAAAUGGAGGGCAACGGGAACAACGGCAACAAUGGCAACAGCAAUGGGUCUCGGUCUCGCAGCGGCUCGCGUGCACGUGCGCCUAGCAACGCCCCCAUGCCUGCCUUUGUCCCUCCUCUGCCGCCGAUCAACCCUCUGCGCAAACAGCCAGGCGGUCGGGGUCCCCGUGGCAUGCUGGGCGGACUGGUGGGCGGUAGCCGGAGCGACAGCCCUGGUGAUGACAUGGACACGAUGUCUGCACUGUCUAUGCCUACCCUGCCGCACAGCGCAACAUCCAGCAGCACGAACCUAGCGGCCAAGACGACCAACUACCAGCUCGGCGGUUCGGUCAGCGACAACGAGGACGCCCGCUACGAUCAGCAUGGGCUGCGCAAGCAGGCGUCAGAGGCUAGCGGCAUGCAUUCGCGGAUGAUGGGCGGCGGAAUGCCAGUCCAACGCAUGGACCUGCCCGGUGGGAUGAUCUAG